UUACUCUCCUCGCUUAUUCUGACCUGCCUUUUAUCCUAGUUUCCUGAGCCUACCUAACCUGUGAGUAUGGCUUUGCUGUGUGAUCCCUUUAAGAAAGAUAGCUCCACCCCACUUUUGAAAGUGUUUAACGUCCUUCUCCUGUAAUGAUCUUUACGCACUUUGUGAAGUCCUCGAAUUUCCAGACUAGCCAACAGUGGAAAGAUUGACUGCUGCCCUUGCACGACAUGAUGAAUCUGAGGGAGUACUUCGAGAGGAUUGGCUACAGUGGUCCCUUCAAAAAACCAGACCUGGAGACACUGAACACCAUUCACAGGUGCCAUAUCCUGUCCGUCCCAUUUGAAAACCUCAGCAUUCACUGUGGGGAGAAGAUCACCAUGGACCUGGACACCAUCUUCAACAAGAUUGUGAGAAGAGGUCGAGGGGGCUGGUGCUGUGAGAAUAACCUGCUCUUCUCCUGGGUCUUGAAAGAGCUGGGAUAUGACACCACGAUGCUCGGAGCGAAGGUGUUUAACAGCUUAACCAAAGAAUACAGCCCCACGGAGUCACACCUCAUUAACAAAGUGAUCAUUGCUGGGAAGCCUUACAUAGCAGAUGUGAGCUUUGGUGUGUCCUGCCAAAUCUGGGAGCCACUCGAACUGAUUUCAGGAAAAGGGCAGCCUCAGCUUCCUGGUCUUUUUCAACUUGUAGAGCAUGAAGGUACCUGGGUCUUGUUUAAAACUGGAAGAAAAAUUCUUAUACCAAACAAAAGUUUUGUCAGCUCCUCCUUACUAGACAAGGCUCUGACAAAGACAAUCUAUUGUUUCACCUUGGCACCUCGCAGUAUCGAUCACUUCCUGCAAACGACCGAACACCUCCAGACCUCCCCAGAUUCUUUGUUCACCAACAAGUCCAUCUGCUCCCUGCAGACAGACACUGGGUUUCGAGCUGUGAUUGGCUGGACAUACAGUGAGGUCAUCUAUAACUACCAGGAAGGGCAUGACCUUUAUGAGAUGUCCACCAUCCCAGAUGAAGAAGUGGAAGAAGUACUAAAAGAAAAGUUUGGUGUGGCUCUGGAACACCAACUGGCUUCAGUCAACAACAAAUUAUGUCUCACUCUCUAAGAGGUACAAUAGAAGUGAGCAUUACGGUCUUCAAACAUUUCAAGAUGAAAAAAAAAACUGGAUGGAAAAAAAUUGCCAUCUUCAAGUUAAAUUUUGAAGAGCUUCUUGGUGUCUCCACUGGUGUAGGUGUUUGCUUCAAGAGUAGCAAGAACAGAUUAAGCAUUACGUCACUGCAAAUUCACAUCUGGGGGUAAUGAUCAAUGUUUGCCAUGAUUAACUAAGGUUAAUGGUAUACUGGCAUAAUCACUUUUAGUUUGCUGAAACUUGUUAUAGGAAAAAUGGCCCAUGCUGCCUGCUUUUAAAUGGUUCCUUUCUUAUACUCUGCUUUGGAACAGCAUAAUUUGUAUAUUUAGUGCAAGUUAAAGCACUGCUAUUGUACAAAUCUUAUCAUUCAGCACAAGAUGCUAAGGCACUCUGAGCCUAGCACAAAAGGUCUGCACAUGCACUUAAUUUUCUUCCCUUAAAAAGUUCCAUAGACCAGACUUAUACCAAUAAUUAUUCCUAAAAGGCCUUUCCUUUAGCCAGUGCUUGUGUAAUAGUUAUAUAGCAGUUUCAUGUCUCUGUUGAGACUUAGGAGUCUCCCUUAGUACAGGGAAAGAAGGACCAGUAGCGAUUUCUCACAAAAGGAUCUGAAAGUGCUUCACACAGACCCUCUUCAUCCUCACCUUAAGCACAGCAGUCACCUGGGUGCAUGCCAGAACAGGCACAGAAAUGAGAAGUUUACUCACAGCCUCAAUUAACGGGGAACUUUUGCAAGGCUAGACUGUAUAAGCCCAGAUCAAAAUUUAGCCAGGACAACAGGAUCAACACCUCCUUCCCAUUCAAGAAGUCACCAUGGGAUCUUUAAUGGACAAGAGUCAUAACUUUGGUUUAACACCACAUCUGAAGGACGACACCUCAUGCAGCACAGUGUCCCUCUGCUCUGCAAAUUCUCACACAGAGGGAAGAGUGAAGAGUGAACCAUUGGUCCAUCAACACCACCCAUUGCAGUGAUCCCAGAUUCCAGAUCCAACCUUGCUUAGGUUCUCAGAUCUAAAGGCUGAUGGUUUGUAGAUUACCAACUGUCUAUAACAAUCAGGGUAAUGCUAAUUGUACUAUACAAUAUGGUACUUUAUUCUCCUGCUUUUGAUUAAAAAGAUACAAUUUUAAAAAUCUUUUAGGCUGUAACUAUUAAAAAAGGAUUUAAGUAAAACAAUAAAAAAUAUAAUACAACUGUUGUCUAUCAAGAAAGAAAAUCCUUCUCUUAAAAGUCCAGUUUAUUUGCAACCAUGAGUUUAGAAAAGCAAAAACAAAUCUUUUAUGACGACAAUGUGAUAAACAAGAAAGAAAUGAAUUAUCUAGAAUAUGUAAAUUUAAUUUUAAAGAAUAUUUUUGGACAAACAGAAUAAACACUAAGUUUCUAAUAAAAUUUUAGAAAGCACAAAAAAAACUACCACUGCGGGCUUUUGUAAAGUUCUUUUACUAAAAAUGCUGCUUUAAAAGAAAAGAUUUUGUCUGAAGUUCAUAUUCCAAUUCCAUUUUCCUUUAAUGAGUAACAAACGCACAGAGAACUGUGUUCAAAUGUUGAAAGUCCUAAAAGGCAAAGUCACAAAGGAAAAAAAAA